AUGGAGAAAUUCCUGCGCUCCUGGCGUCAGGAUGCGCUGAACCGCGGACAGCAUGAUGCGGCCAUCUACAUCGGCGACAAAGUGCUUGCGUUGACCAACAGCGACUCCGAUGCCUUCUGGUUAGCCCAGGUCCAUUUCUCCAAUAACAACUACACGCGAGCCCUGGCCCUCCUGUCCCGGAAAGACCUUAUCUCGAGAAGCACCGCCUGCCGUUACCUCGCUGCCCACUGCCAUAUCAAACAGAACCAAUUCGAACAAGCAUUAUCGGUACUGGGCGACCAUAACCCAACCCACUUGAUUCGCAAUACCACCAGCCGUCGCAAGAUACAACACCUCAAUGGCCAGAGCCAUGUCACCCUGCGCAAUGGCAAGUCUGCUGCCUCACGUGGUGAACGCGGCGAGGACCGGGAACGGGAGGAUGCAAACAAUAUACGCUUUGAGGCGGCCAUGUGUUAUUUGCGGGGACUGUGUUUUGCUAAGCAGAAUGCUUUUGACCGUGCCCGUGACUGCUACAAGGACGCUGUGCGCAUCGAUGUCCAGUGCUUCGAGGCUUUCGACCAGUUGAUGAAGAACUCGCUCAUGUCGCCAGCAGAAGAGCUUGAGUUUCUCGAGUCUCUUGAUUUCGACUCUAUAUCUGGGCCAGAUCCGUCGUUAGCCCAGGAAGCGGCUCACUUUACCAAGAUGCUCUAUACUACUCGUUUGUCCAAGUAUACGUCCCCGGCUAUUCUUACAGAUGCUACGGAGACGCUGUCGACACACUAUAAUCUCGCUGAGAAUCCGGAUAUCCUUCUGUCGCGAGCGGAGGCUCUCUAUACGCAGUGUCGAUUUGCGGAAGCUCUCGAGCUAACUUCCUCUGUUUUGUCAACUCCGCAGUCGACUCCGGGCUCAUCAACAACAGUGAUUGCUGCGUCGAACCUACCAGCUCAGAACCAUCUAGGACAUCCUCCAGCAGUCUACCCGUUGCAUCUCGCCUGCUUAUACGAAACGGGUGCUACAAACGCGUUGUUCCUUCUCGCUCAUACGUUGGCUGACCACGCUCCGGAGGAGUCGUAUACUUAUCUAGCCAUCGGUGUUUACUACUUGUCUGUAUCCAAAGUUGCGGAGGCACGACGCUUUUUCUCCAAAUCAUCUCUACUCGACCCGCAUUCAGCACCGGCGUGGAUUGGCUUCGCUCACACUUUUGCUGCGGAAGGGGAACAUGAUCAAGCUAUUGCCGCAUACAGUACAGCUGCUCGGUUAUUCCAAGGCAGUCACUUGCCACAGCUGUUCCUUGGAAUGCAGCAUCUAGCUUUGAACAACAUGUCCCUGGCCCACGAAUAUCUCUGCGCCGCCUAUGCCAUGUCGACAGGUGCUGCAUCCGGAUCAGUUUCAUCUGUCCCCAUAAAUCCAACUAGCGGGUCGGCUCCAUUGGGUGGUGAUCCGUUGGUUCUAAACGAGCUAGGUGUUGUUUUGUACCACCAAGAUGAACUCGAAGGGGCCGUCGAGCUGUUCCGGCAGUCGCUCGCCCUGGCCAAGUCCCUUCACUGCGAACCAGGAGCCUGGGUGGCCACUCGAGCAAACCUUGGCCAUGCACUGCGUCGUCUUCAACUCAAUACAGAAGCUCUGGAUGAGUUCGACGAGUGCCUCCGCAUUGGGGCAGGGGGUGCAAGCAUGGGUUAUACUCCGUUUUUGGGUGGCAAUGGUGGUAGUACUCCCGGUGUAUCGUCAUCAGGUGUCGGGGGAUACGAGGACCGUGGACUAAUUGGCUCGCUAUAUACCUCUCGAGGCUUGGUCUUGCUGGAACUUGGACGUACGAUGGAGGCCGUGACGACACUUCACGAGGCGGUCCGUGUUCUAGGGGCCAGCGGUGGCGGGGAUGCGGCUGGCGGCGCUGGCGUUGCUGGAACACUCCUUUCUCGCGCUCUUGAAAUAUGGGCAUUGGACAAUCAUGCAAAGGAUGAAGCAUUAGCAAGACAAGAAAUGUCGAGAACACCCGCUAGCCGGAGCUCUCGCUCACUUGCUAAAGGAAAGGAAAGACUUGCGUCCGCAGAACCCGUGAGACGGCGAGGGGUAUCGCAUGACCAACUUUCCGAGGAUUGGACCGACGAAGUUUCCCAGGUCGAACCAUCUGUUGCAGCAUCCGAGACAAUGGAAGAUAAGGUCGAAAUGGAACUAGAUGAAGAGGCCGAUGGUCUACUACAGCAAGCACUGAGUUGUGUACGAGGUGGACGAUCGAGACAUCUAAGGGCGAUCAGCAGUCCGAUAGGAGAAGUUGACGAAACACCUGUACCGGCGGUCAGCCGCAGUCGAAAUCCGAGGACUGUACGGGGUAAUACCAGACAUUGA